ACGCCACAAUCAAAACAACUAAAAAGCUUCCUUUUCCUCUUCACUCCAACUCUCUUCAAAUUAUCGUCCCUCGCCACUUCAAAAACCACCAUGCCCUUGGAUCCCGCCGCCGCCACAACCGCCGCAUCGCGACCCAUAUCGCCGCUCCCUCAGGCGCACUCGCACCACCAUUACCCUUCGCAACAACAACAACCACAACAACAAACCCUUCCAAUUCGCGCCCCAAGCCCUCUCUUGGCCAAACCCCACGACCCCCACUUCGUCUACCCCUUCGCGCCCAAGGCCGUCAGAGGCCUCGCCUCCGCCGAUCACGGCGCCGCCGCCGCCGGGUUCCCACCUCCCUCCCUCAUGUACGGCGGCGGCGGCGGCGUCCGCACCAUGCCGCUGGACUAUCUCAGCCACGCCUUGCACGUGACCAGGCCGGUGCCUCACGUGCCGUUCCCCCACGCGGGUAACGCCACCACCACUCCCACCGCCUCACCUCCAGUUAAGAAGGCUGCUCCUCGGUCUGCGGUUUCUGAUAUCAAUGGCAGUAAAGACACGAGUAUGAGGGAUAAAGGCAGAGAUGAUACAUACAUUGUUGUUAGAGAUCGAAAAGUCAGAAUAAUAGAGGAUGCUUCUCUGUAUGCACUUUGUAGAUCAUGGUUGAGAAAUGGAAUAAAUGAAGAAAGCCAGCCACAGCAGAAAGAUGUGAUGAAGGGACUUCCUAAACCAUUGCCUGCUUCUAUGGUAGCUAGUUAUCUGUCAAACAAGAAAGAAGAUGAAAAAGAAGAUGAGCAGGAAGAGAAUGAGCAGUCUGUUGAGCACUUAUCACCUCAAGAUCUAUUGAAAAUGCAUAUUAAACGUGCCAAAAAGGUUAGAGCACGUUUAAGAGAAGAACGGUUACAACGCAUCACAAGGUACAGAAGUAGGCUUAGGCUUUUGCUUCCUCCAGCCAUUGAACAGUGUAGAAAUGACACAGCUACUGGUAACUGACCUUGCUGACUAUUCAGACAUCAAGGUUAUUGCAUGACUCUAACAGGCUUGUACUUGAUUCAAUAUUAUAUUUGUGGUUCAUUAUUAUAUCAAAUGUAUAAAACUGAUUAAAAAUGCAGAGAUUUUACAACUUUUCUCCACAGAUUCUACUUUGUCUGGUCUUUGACCAGGAAAUUGGCAAUAGUUAGAGGUUGAAUGAAUAGCAAUGACUCAGAAAUCACUGCCUAGACCAUUGUUUAUUCUUGUGGGCUGA